UCUGCGAAGAGAGUGUCGCAAGAACAAUAUGAGUGUUUCAAUCAAAAGCCGCUAUCAGGCUGUGUCUCUUGAAUUGACUAAGUGCGUGAAGUGCUUUUUAAUUUUCAAGUGGGUGUGUGUCUAAGCAGUGUGAAAAUGCCAAAUGAUACAGUGAUAUAAUUUUCAGUAUAAAAUCCUAAAUUGUUUCUAUCGCGACGGGCCCGAUUCUCAAGAUGGUUCUAAAUCUAACGACUCUGCUAGCGAUCACGCUGAUUGUGUUUACAGUAAAUCUUUUGACGACUUCUGAUGGAAAAAGAUCUGAACAAGUUGCAGCGAAUCAGGAGAGAUAUCAUCAUCAAGGUUUUAAUCAGCAUGCUGGACACCAUCAAAAUGGGCGAUCUCACCAUUCUGCAGGGUCUAAGAAGCAUUCGCAUUCGGGAUCAUCUGGCGCCGGUCCUUUUAUACCACUGCCAAAUGCGAAGGAGCGUAGGCCUAAUAUUAUUUUGAUCAUGACGGAUGAUCAAGAUGUCGAAUUAGGUUCCUUGAAUUUUAUGCCUCGAACGUUGCGUGCGCUAAGAGACGGCGGCGUGCAGUUCCGGCACGCCUACACCACGACUCCCAUGUGCUGCCCAAGCAGAAGUUCCAUGCUGACGGGCAUGUAUGUCCACAAUCAUCAGGUUUUCACCAACAACGACAACUGCAGCAGUCCACAGUGGCAGGCAAGUCACGAGACUCGCAGCUUCGCAACGUAUCUCUCGAAUGCUGGUUACAGAACUGGUUAUUUUGGCAAAUAUCUGAAUAAAUACAAUGGUUCUUAUAUACCUCCUGGUUGGAGAGAAUGGGGAGGACUCAUUAUGAACUCCAAAUACUACAAUUACUCUGUCAACAUGAAUGGGCAGAAGAUCAAGCACGGCGAUGAUUAUCACAAAGACUAUUAUCCGGAUCUGAUAGUGAACGACUCGAUAGCUUUCCUGCGACAGAGCAAACAGAAUUCGUUGCGGAAGCCCAUUAUGUUGACGAUGAGUUUUCCGGCGCCGCACGGACCGGAGGACAGCGCCCCGCAGUACUCGCAUUUGUUUUUCAAUGUCUCCACACAUCACACUCCGACAUAUGACUACGCUCCAAACUUGGACAAACAGUGGAUUUUGCAACACACGAAACCGAUGCUUCCAGUUCACAAACGAUUCACAGAUCUUCUGAUGACCAAACGGCUGCAAACCCUUCAAAGUGUGGACGUGGCAGUAGAUCGAAUAUGUCAGGAACUCCGGGCUUUGGGAGAACUGGACAACACAUACAUCGUGUACACUUCCGACCACGGCUAUCACUUAGGCCAGUUCGGGUUGAUCAAAGGAAAGAAGUUCCCGUUCGAAUUCGAUGUUCGAGUUCCAUUCUUGAUCCGGGGGCCUGGCGUCGAACCCGGAACCGCGUAA